UCAUUCUUUUACAUGGUUUGUGAUGUAUACAGUUCCUCUUUCAGGCCUCAGUACUUCUCCAGUUUCUCAUACUCUUCCUUACUGAUGUUGCUGUCACUUGGGACUGUUACAUCUAUCACUGCUGCUGCUUUCCAUUCCUUGUGUACUACUACAAUGUCUGAUUGGUUAGUCAUUACCUUCCUCUCUGUCUGGAUCUGGAAGUACCACAGGAUCUUUGUCUUGUUAUUCUCCGUAACCUUCUGAGGAUUCUCCCAUCUGGACUUUAGAGGGUCUGGCCAUACUCAGCACAGAUGUUUCUAUACAGUACCUGGUUGUGUUGUUCCUGCCUGCUGGCAGUUCUAACCCUUCAGUCUUGGCCAUCUUCCCUCUUUUGAUUAAAAUCCAGCCACACUUCUCUCUAGUCUGAAUGACAUCCCGAUGUCUUUACUGUAGAUCCAUGUCAGGUGGAUCAGUCUAAUUUUACAACUUAAAUAUCACCUAUUUAUCAUCACUUUAGAAAAAUCGCCCAUCACCUAGAUCUGCUUUGGAUGACUCUCAUUGGCUGAUAGCUGUUGCUAUGACAUCGCUUCAGCUACAGACGCUUUAGAGUGAUGAAUUGUGGGAUACACCCAGCAGCUAUGUCGAAUAUACUUUGAGCAGAAAAGAACUGUUGAAAGAUGAAAUGAUUAAAUAAAUGUCACCAAGAUGAAGAACGUUUUUAUUCUUGCUGAAAAAGCCUGGGCAGGUUCUAGUGUACUGUAUAAGUGGCAGAAAACCCUUGGUAACUAUAUCGCUGUUGCAGGGCAGGACAACUCAGUGAAAAUAUUUGAUCGACAUGGACACAAGUGGACAGAACUUAACCUGCCAGGUCGCUGUGUGGGUAUGGACUGGGAUAAGGAUGGAGACAUUUUGGCAGUGAUAGCCGCAAAAUCCAGCUCCAUCUAUCUCUGGGUUGCCAGUGUCAAUAAAACAUCCCAGAUAGACAGUGGCAUGAGAGAUCCAAUGUCCUUCAUCCUGUGGUCAAAGACUGGCCCAUUGUUGGCAGUUGGGACAGUUAAAGGAAACCUGUUGAUCUACAAUCAGCAGACUUCACGCAAGAUCCCUGUACUGGGUAAACACACCAAAAAGAUCACCUGUGGGUGCUGGAGUACUGAGAAUCUACUGGCUCUGGGCAGUGAUGACAACACACUGAGCAUCAGCAAUCAUGAGGGGGACACCAUCAGACAGACAGCACUUCGUGGUGAGCCUGCUGAAAUGUACUUCUCAGUGAUGAAGACUGAUGAAAGGUCCACUCAAGGAGAGAACGCUGUGAGCGUGUCUGUGGACAAGAAGAGACUGAUUCUUUUCGAUAUUAACAACCCUGAAAACUGGUCAGAUUUGACCUUUAUGUCCCACUAUGGAAGCAUUGUAUCCUAUCGCUGGUAUGGGGAUGGAUAUAUACUCAUUGGCUUCUCCCAUGGAUACUUUUUGGUUAUUUCCACUCACAUCACAGAGAUGGGAAUGGAGCUCUACCAGGCUCACAACCAUAAAGAUUGUCUCAACAGUGUCGCCGUCUCACCAGCACUAAACAAAGCCGCCUCCUGCGGAGACAACAAGUACACACAGGCUUUCAAAAGAGACAGCACCUUUAUUCUGUUUAUUUGUUUGCAUGAGAAACUAAAGCCAUGUGAUUCUUGUUGCAGCAUAAAAAUCCAUGAGCUUUCUGAACUCAGAGACAUCAGUAAUGUAGUUCGGCUGGAUGAUGAGACUAAAGGUGAGACACUAAUCUUUUCCAGACUGUCAGAGGGCUAUACUGAACAAUUCUCCCUUAUUGCUUCCCACCUUCCUCCUCCAGGUCUGGACCAACUGAGCUGGACCGAUGAUGGUCAGCUGUUGGCGGUUUCCACACAGAAAGGGGCGGUUCAUGUUUUUCUGACCAAGCUUCCCAUCCUGGGUGACAGCUUUGGUACCCGGCUGGCCUACCUCACCUCCCAGCUGGAGGUCACCGUCUCCAACCAGGUAGAAAGGGAGAGUCCUGUGACCAUAGAAGUAGAAGUAGAGCCCACUUUCAUUGCAGUGGGGCCAUACCAUGUGGCAGUGGGGAUGAACAACAGAGCCUGGUUCUACGAGAUAGUAGACCAAGAACCUGGUUUUAACAAGCUGAAGGACAUUGAGUAUUUGGGGACGAUAGCCAGCAUGCGCCUUAACUCAGACUAUGCAGCAGCGCUGUUUGAAGGAAAAGUGCAGCUGCACAUGAUUGAAGGCAGAGACCUGGAGGAGAAGAAGCAGAUGAAGUUGUUUCCAGAUGAUGACAGAAAGGGUCGGAUCCUUUGCCAUGCCCUUACUGCUGACUUCCUGUACUACAGCACUGAUGCGGGUAACGUAAUGUGUGUCCUGUUGGAGGACUGGGAGACUGUGAGCAGCUACAGCCACUCAGUUGGUGUAAGAAAAGUGUUCCCAGACCUAAAUGGCACACGUCUGGUCUUUAUCGAUGACAAGAGCUGCGGCUUCCUGCUUUCCCCUGCAAAUGCAACAGACUCCUGCUUUGAGCUCCCCAACUUCUCUCCCACCAUCAAAGGAGUGCUGUGGGACAACUGGCAUGCUGACAGAGGAGUGUUUGUAGCUUAUGAUGAUGACAAGGUCUACACCUAUGCCCUGCAUAAAACUACCAUAUAUGGCCCCCGAGUGUUGUUGGUGGGGAGCACUGCACUUCCCUUUUCCCAAAAGCCUUUGCUCUUGCACAAUGGGGAGCUGACUUGUCAGACAGCAAGCGGCAAGACAAAUGAAGUGGCUCUGAGCACGCACUCCUUCCUCAAGCACUCAGCCGACACACUGACAGAUUCACCACCGGAGCUCAGCAAGCAAAUCACCCAGGCACUGGUGCUGAAGAGAUUCCACGAAGCCUUUGAUCUGUGUAAGGCUGCAGGCAGUGACACAGACUGGGCUGAGUUAGGCAAAGCCUGUCUGGUCCACAUGGAGGUUGAGCUGGCCAUCCAGGUCUACCGCAUGAGCGGCAAUGCAGGCAUGGUCCUAUCACUGCAGGGCAUCCAGGGUAUAGAGAACAGGAAUUUACUGGCAGGACAUUUGGCCAUGUUUCUAGAUGACUACAACCUGGCACAGGACCUCUAUCUGUCUUCAAAUUGUCCAAUCACCGCCCUGGAGAUGAGGAGGGACCUGUUGCACUGGGACAGUGCUCUUUUGUUAGCCAAGAGCCUAGCAGAAAAUCAGAUUCCCUUUAUAUCCAAAGAAUAUGCAAUCCACCUGGAGUUCAUUGGAGACUAUGUGAAUGCAUUAGCACACUAUGAAAAAGGCAUGACCCACAAUAAUAAAGAGCAUGAUGAGGCGUGUCAAGCAGGCAUAGCCAGGAUGUCCAUCAGGAUGGGUGACAUCAGAAGAGGAGUCUCCCAGGCUAUUCAGCACCCAAGCAGAGUCCUGAAGAAGGAAUGUGGAGCAAUUCUGGAGAGCAUGAAGCAAUUCUCUGAAGCUGCUCAGCUCUAUGAGAAAGGCCAGUAUUAUGACAAGGCUGCGUCGGUCUACAUUCGUUGCAAGAACUGGGCAAAGGUGGGAGAGCUGCUCCCAAACGUGUCCUCUCCCAAGAUCCACCUGCAGUAUGCCAAGGCCAAGGAGGCAGAUGGCAAGUAUAAAGAUGCCGCACAGGCCUAUGAGAGUGCGAAAGACUGGGACAAUGUGAUUCGUGUGCAGCUGGAGCACCUGAACAAUCCCGAGGACGCCGUUCGUAUCGUCAGGGAGACGCAGAGCAUCGAUGGCGCAAAGAUGGUUGCCAGGUUCUUCCUACGGUUGAACGACUACGGCUCAGCCAUCUACUUCCUGGUUCUGUCUCAGUGCAAUGAUGAAGCCUUCCAGCUGGCGCAACAGCAUGGACAGAUGGAGGUCUAUGCAGACAUCAUUGGCUCCAAGGCGACACAGGAGGAUUACCAGAGCAUUGCUUUGUACUUUGAGGGAGAGAAGAAACACCUGCAGGCUGGCAAGUUCUUUCGGAAGUGUGGACAGUACAGCAGAGCCCUGAAACACUUCCUGAAGUGUCCCAACUCUGAUGACAACCUGGCAAUCGAGAUGGCUAUUGAGACGGUAGGUCAGGCCAAAGACAUCUCUCUGACCAAUCAGCUGAUUGAUUACCUGAUGGGGGAAAGCGACGGUAUGCCCAAGGACGCCAAAUACCUGUUCCGUCUGUAUAUGGUAUUGCAGCAGUACAGGGAGGCUGCUCGCACCGCUAUCAUCAUCGCCAGAGAAGAGCAGUGUGCAGGGAAUUACCGUAAUGCCCAUGAUGUGCUGUUCAGCAUGUACAGAGAACUGCAAGCCCAGAAGAUUAAGAUCCCUGCUGAGAUGGCCACCAACCUGAUGAUCCUCCACUCCUACCUACUGGUCAAGAUCUAUGUGAAGAGAGGAGACCACCUGAAAGGGGCACGCAUGCUCAUUCGUGUCAGCAACAACAUCAGCAAGUUUCCAGCACAUGUUGUUCCCCUUUUGACAUCAGCAGUCAUCGAAUGUCACCGUGCGGGGCUGAGGAACUCGGCCUUCAGCUUUGCUGCCAUGCUGAUGAGACCAGAGUACCGAAACGAGAUAGACCUCAAGUACAGGAAGAAGAUCGAGGCUAUGGUUAGACGUCCAGAUACAUCAGAGCUGGAGGAGGAAACUACUCCAUGUCCCUUCUGUGGCUUCCAGCUGCCACAGAACGAACUGCUGUGUAUCUCCUGCAAGAACAGCCUGCCCUACUGCAUUGCCACGGGUCGUCACAUGCUGAAAGAAGACUGGUCAGUGUGUCCUUACUGUGACUUUCCUGCUCUCUACUCACAGUUCAUUCAAUUGUUAGAGACAGAAACCGUGUGUCCCAUGUGCUCGGAGACUCUGAGUGAUAAAGAGGUGAAGAAGAUCUCUGAUUGUUCCAGAUACCUGCAGCCUGAUGAACAGGAUCAGUAAAGACGUACAAUUACAGGUAUAUACAUGUUAUGUAAGCCUAGUUAUUCAUUCAUAUUUGUAAAAAUCUGUAAAAACUUUGAUUGUAAAUUAAGUGGCCAAAGACAGAUUUUUUUUGUACCACAAUAUUUGUAAGAUUAGGAUGAUUAACAUUGUGUUAAGCUAAGUCUUUAACAAACUAACUGCUAAUAAAUGGACCUUGAGGUGAAACUGUUUUGUUAACUUCUAUUUCCAAAGUCAUGAAUAAAAACUUGAAUUUCAAAAUUUCAA